AUGGCGACUAUUUUUGGGAGAAUAUUGAGAGGGAUAAAGCAUGCGAACAAGGCCGUGAUGAAGCUGAGGAUGGCGGAGAAACCAGUGGUGAAAACGAUCCCUACGGCGGCGGUCUAUGACGGUUUCCUCCCCGUCCCGGUGGCCGAGAUGUUAAAGCAUCCGGACGAGGUGUUGCCGGCGUUGAAGCUGGCGAUGGCGGAGAGGCGCGUGGCGAAACAGAUUCCCAUAGCGCCGUCGCAUUGGGCAUUCUGUCACGCGAUGCUUCCAAAAGUUUCUAAAACCUUCGCUCUUCACAUUUCUCAGCUGGGUUCCGACCUUCGUGACGUGGGAUGUCUCUACUAUUUGGUUCUCAGGGCAAUGGAUACUGUUGAGGAUGAUAUGAGCUUAGAUGCAGAGGUUAAAGUACCCAUUAUAUUGGCUUUUCAUCGUCACAUAUACAAUCCAGAUUGGCAUUUCUCAUGUGGUACAAAGGAUGACAAAAUUUUGAUGGAUCAAUUCCGUCACGUUACUACUGCAUUGUUGGAGCAAAAGAGCAGUUAUCGGGACAUAUUUGAGGAAAUUACCAAAAGAGGAGGUGCUGGAAUUGCGAAAUUCGUCGGAAAGGAGAUUGAGACAAUUGAUGACUAUGAAGAGUACUGCCACUAUGCAACUGGAAUUCCGGGCAUUGGAUUUUCUAAGCUUAUGUAUGCAUCUGGAAAAGAAGAUUUGGUUCCGGAGUCUCUUUCAAAUUCUUGGGGAAUGAUUGUUCAGAAAGCAAGUGGAAUCAGAGACUAUCUAGAGGACAUAAAUGAGGUUCCAAAGCCACGCAUCAAUUGGCCCCGGGAGAUAUGGGGCAAAUAUGCAAGCAAAUUUGAGGUUGAGGAUUUAAAAUAUGAAGAGAAUUCAGCCAUGGCUGUCCAGUGCUUGAAUGAAAUGGUCACAAAUGCUUUGAUUCACAUAGAAGAUUGCCUCAAGUUCUUGUCUACUUUACGAAGUCCGGCUGCCUUUCGGUUUUUUGCUAUCACUGCGAUCGUGUCAAUGGGAAGAUUAGCAACAUACUAUAACAACGUUGAAGUCUUCAGAGGUAAAGUUGAAAUGAGGCAAGGUCUCACUGCUAAAGUUUUUGACAACACCAAAUCAAUGGAAGAUGUAUAUGGUGUAUUUUACGAUUUUGCUUCUUUACUGAUGUCUAAGAUUGAAGACAAUGAUCCUAAUGCUAAAGAUACGAGAAGCAAGGUGAAAGUCAUUUUGAAUGCCUGCAAAGACUCGGGAGCUCUCAAUAAAAGGACUUGGCUUUUCUAA